AUGCAAGUGCACAGAAUAGUUAAAAGGUUUGAACAGUCAGGGUCAGUUAUUGACAGACGACAUGGUAACACCGGCCGACCGAAAGCAGUCAGGUCUUCAGAGAGCAUCGAGCAGGUGAAAUCUGUCAUUGAAGAAACUCCACAGAAGUCUGCAUGCAGAGUAUUAGGAGAACACAGUCAAGAUUCCGACGAGGAAAUUGAUGAUUCAGAUGAUGUUGUGGACACCGUGCAGUUAGCUUUAGCUAGGAACGAGGGUGCAGUUAGUGCUGCAAGGGAAUUUUAUACAGAUGAAGAUAACAUAAAAAGAGCUAUAAAAACACUAAUAAGUAAAGACUUACAGAGGAAUUUUUCAGCAGUUGAACUCGUGAAAACCAUACAAGACAUUAAAGAGAGAAGUGUAAAGAAAAAUCAAACCGAACAAUUUCCUGGUGAUGAAGAGCUAAAUGGUAUUGAAACAGAAGGAGACUCUUCAGAAUCAGAGGAGGAUAUUGAAGAAAGUAAUAGAAAGUUAAAAGAUCCAAUAACUUGUAAAAUAUGUUUUUAUGCAAUUGCUUGUAUUAUUACACUACCCUGUGGACAUAUGGUCGCACUCCACCUUAAUGGAACGGUUGGUUAUACUGGUUAUACUGGUAGUACUGGUUAUACUGGUUAUACUGGUAGUACUGGUAGUACUGGUUAUACUGGUUAUACUGGUAGUACUGGUAGUACUGGUUAUACUGGUUAUACUGGUAGUACUGGUUAUACUAGUAGUACUGGUAGUACUGGUUAUACUGGUAGUACUGGUAGUACUGGUUAUACUGGUAGUACUGGUAGUACUGGUUAUACUGGUUAUACUGGUAGUACUGGUUAUACUGGUUAUACUGGUAGUACUGGUUAUACUGGUAGUACUGGUAGUACUGGUUAUACUGGUAGUACUGGUAGUACUGGUUAUACUGGUAGUACUGGUUAUACUGGUUAUACUGGUAGUACUGGUUAUACUGGUAGUACUGGUUAUACUGGUAGUACUGGUUAUACUGGUUAUACUGGUAGUACUGGUUAUACUGGUUAUACUGGUAGUACUGAUGCUAUUUCUGGAAUGCUACUCACUGUGCUUUUUAUGUCCAAUCUUGGAGAUAAUUUUAUAUUUAUUGAAGAAAGUAAAAAUAGACUUGUGGCAACAUUAUUCAUACAGAUACCACAGCUGACAUAUCCUAAGAACAUUGCAUAA